AUGGCUUCGGGCUUGGAGGAGGCACUGGAACAUACCGGUGGCCACGGCCGAACCGCUGAAGGUGUCUCGAUUUCGACCUUCCUGGCGUCGCUGGCGACGGCUAUCAUCGUCUUCGUCGUUGAAUUUCUCCUCUUUCUGUUACUAAAGGGGAAACUAACUCGUAUAUAUCAACCGCGAACCUAUUUGGUACCGGAUAGAGAACGUACAACCCCAUCACCGCCAGGCCUCUUCCGCUGGAUUGGUCCGGUCUUUCGUACAUCCAGCUCGGAAUUCAUCCAGAAAUGUGGGCUAGAUGCAUACUUCUUCUUGCGCUAUCUGCGCAUGCUUCUGAAGAUCUUCCUUCCUCUGGGCCUCGUCAUCUUACCGGUUCUACUUCCAAUCAACCGUAUUGGCGGCAAGGGUCAGACAUACCAACAUGGUAACUCGGGCACUAAGUAUUCCGUCACUGGUCUGGAUCAGUUAGCAUGGGGUAACGUAACCCCCGAGCACACCAAUCGGUAUUGGGCUCAUUUGGUAAUGGCCGUGAUCGCCAUUAUCUACGUCUGUUUUGUGUUUUUUGAUGAACUUCGGAAUUACAUUCGCCUGCGACAGGCCUACUUGACGUCACCCCAGCAUCGACUCCGUGCUUCUGCUACCACCGUGCUCGUUACUUCUAUCCCACCUGAUUGGCUUAAUAUGGAUGCCCUUGAUAGGCUUUUCGAUGUUUUCCCUGGAGGCGUGCGAAACAUCUGGCUCAACCGCAACUUCGACGACUUGAACGAGAAAGUGAAAGCACGAAACGAUAUUGCUCUCAGGCUUGAAAGUGCCGAGACAGAUCUGAUUGCAAAAUGCAAGAAGGCACAGCUCAAGAGGGCCAGGGCGGAGGCAAAGAAGGCCGGCAAGAGUCAAUCAAGUGCAGAGAAACAAGAGCAAAAGGCGGCCGAGAAACGUGCGUCCCAAAUGGCUAUGGGUCCUGGUGUCAGUUCUGGUAAUCCUCAUCAGGCCCACACGGUACAAGAAGUGCUCCAUGGACAACCGCAAGAGAAACGGUCGGAGGACGGACCUCGACGAGUGUUUGACCCUGCUUUUGCCGCCGCUGGGGCGGUUGGCCAAGGCGUGGGAAAACUGGGCAAGACAGUGCUUGGAGGCUUCAAGAAAGUUGAGCAUGGCUUGGAGAAGCCCUUGACUCGGACCGGGGGCUUCGUUGCAACUACAGACAACGUCCUCCCGCCUCGUUCAAAUACGCCUCCAAGCCCUGGUCAAUCUGCAACUGCAGACAAUCCUCCACCUCGUGCAAACGCUUCUCCAGCUCCCGAACCUCUUGCCUCUGAUGACACCAUGUGUCAUAACCCAACGACUUCGCCGAAGCCACCAUUCUGGAGACGAAAGUCGUCUCAUACGAAAUCCCAGGGUGUCCGUGAGGCUGACGAGUAUCCACUGACUGCACCUGAAACCCCUGCAACUGAUGCACCCCAUCACGACUUCAAAAAACCCGACAAAAACGAAAAAGAUGGUCAUGGUCGGAAGGAAGGGGAGAAAACGGAAGGGGAAGAAUAUCCCAUCGCUUACAAUGAAAAUUUCGAAAAUGAAGACUAUGGAGAGCCACUGUGGAAAGAAUACAUCCGGCCAAAGGACCGAGAUACCAUGCGUCUACCCAUAUUUGGUUGGAGUUGGAUGCCUUCGAUUUGGCUUUUAGGGAAAAAGGUUGACACUAUCGAUUACUGUCGAAAGGAGCUCGCUCGUCUGAAUCUGGAGAUCGAAGUUGAUCAGCAGCAUCCUGAGCGGUUUCCUUUGAUGAACUCGGCCUUCAUCCAGUUCAAUCACCAAGUCGCUGCCCACAUGGCCUGUCAAUCUGUCAGUCACCACCUCCCAAAGCAGAUGGCACCCCGAGUCGUGGAAAUCUCUCCCGACGAUGUCAUUUGGGAUAACAUGUCCAUCAAAUGGUGGGAACGAUACCUGCGUUCCUUCGGCAUCAUCACACUAGUCAGUGCAAUGGUCGUUGGGUGGGCGUUCCUGUGGCAUUCACUGGGCUACUGUCGCAAUUGGCAUAUCUGGAGGGGUAUUCUUCCUGCGCUGUGUUUAGCUAUUCUGAUGGCACUGCUCCCUCUCAUCCUUCGCUUCCUGAGCCGCACACAAGGCCUCUUCACCGGAAUGUCCAUCGAGCUCACUGUCCAAAACUACUAUUUCGCCUUCCUCUUUGUGCAGCUGUUCCUGGUCGUCACCAUCGCUUCCAGUUUCUCGACAAUCAUCGAGAACGUCACCGAUGUGACCAGCUGGCCGCAACUCCUAGCAGUGAACAUCCCGAAGUCUAGUAACUACUUCUUCUCUUACAUGAUUCUACAAGCCAUGUCUGUGAGCGCUGGCGCUCUUGUACAAAUAUUUGGCCUGGUGAGCUGGUUCAUUUUAGCUCCAAUUCUGGACUCUACCGCUCGGAAGAAGUGGGCACGAACAACAAAUCUCAAUCAGAUGCAAUGGGGCACAUUCUUCCCUGUAUAUACCACCCUAGCCUCUAUUGGUUUGAUCUACUGCGUGGUCGCACCUCUGAUUUUGGUUUUCAACGUCAUCACAUUCGGCCUGUUCUGGUUCGUCUAUCGCUAUAACACACUCUAUGUCACCAAGUUUCGCUUUGACACAGGUGGUCUUCUAUUCCCUCGAGCUAUUAAUCAGCUAUUCACUGGAAUCUACGUUAUGGAGGUCUGCCUGAUUGGCUUGUUCUUCUUGGUUCGGGAUGCGAAUGAUGAUGUCGCUUGCGAGGGACAGGCUAUUUGCAUGAUUGUGGUUCUAAUCCUGACGGCCGGUUACCAAAUUCUUCUCAACGAAGCGUUUAGUCCACUGAUCCGGUAUCUUCCCAUUACCUUGGAAGAUGAAGCUAUCCGACGUGAUGAUGAGUUCCGUCGUGCUCAGCACGCUCGCCUCGGUCUCCCUCUUGACGAUGAGGAUGACGAGGAUGGUGAUGUUGAGCACAACCUCGCCAAGCGUGAACACCAAGAGCGCCAACACGGAAAGGAGAUACGAGAAGACAUCGAGCUGAAACCUCUGGAAACCAAUUUCUCAGGUCAGAAACGACAAAAUUCCGAUCUCUUGUCGACACCCAAGCUUGGACACAAACGUCCAUCAUGGGCCUCCAACUCAUCAAAUCGGAAAUCUAAGUAUUACGGUCAGAACUCGUCCAACUCCACGCCAACACUACGGGACAUGCGGGAGAAGAUGGCCCAAGACACCGAGGCCCAGGGGCCAGCUCCCCACACAGUUGGCCAAGCCCUGUUUGCCGGUAUCCAUGAUGAACUAGAGGACCUUACGCCCGAUGAGCGUGAUCAGCUGGUGCAACGUGCCUUCCAGCACGAAGCCCUUCGCGCCAAGAGGCCUGUCAUCUGGAUUCCGCGUGAUGAUCUGGGCGUAAGCGAUGACGAAGUGUACCGAACACAGCGAUUCAGCAAACAUAUCUGGAUCAGUAACGAGUACCAGGCGCUAGACGGCAAGUGUCGGACGAUCUUCAGUCGGAGUCCUCCAGAUUUCUCAGAGGUGGAUUUGAUUCAGCUGUGA